AUGGCGACGAACAGCGUGACUGAAGGCUCGAAUGGGGUCUCAAAGAGCUUGGAAAACUAUUCUAUCCCCGACGAGACCCAAAAGGUCUUCAACGAUGGCAUCCUGAACAACCCCCUGGUCGCCUCCACGCUCCCAGACGGCAUCGCUGAAGCAGCUGCAAAAGUCCGCUUCGAAGGAACUCACAAGCCCAGUAUCCCGAUAAACUGGCGUUUCGCAGAGAGCAUCUCAGCCCUGAAAGGACUUGAAGCCGCCAUGAUCAACGUGCUGCUGUCACGAAAAUAUGGCGUCUCAGCCCAAGAAGCAGUGAUUAACACCGACCACGCGCAACUUUUCUUCAUGUCCGCGCUGCUCAACACAAUCGACCCCGCAGGCGAAGCCAUAUCCGUCUUCUCCUCGGACAAAAGCGCGUAUAGCAAGUACUUCAAGGACACAGAUGUGCACAACUCAGCCUCCAGCCAUUACCGCACAAGCGCGACGAACAUUUACCGCUGCGCAGACGGCCGCUACUUCCAUCUCCACGGUAGCAUGAACCCCGAUCCGACGCAGGACAGCCUCAAACUACCGCACGACAUGCCCUUCGCCACAGUAGAGGAGAGCUGGGAGCCCUACGCCGCCGCCGUCGGCAAGCUCCAGAGCAAUGAGAUGCAGACCCUCGCCAGCGACACCUUCAAGCAAGCCGGUACCAUCUGCUGGACGGCCGACGAAUUCCGCGCCAGCGAACACGGGAAAGCAAACGCCCACAUCGGCCUCUACGACGUUCACUCUCUCGCCAAUCCCACCCAGCCGCCAUGCUGGUGGCCUGACGCGCCAGCCACGGGCCCCGCGCGGCCCCUCGCAGGCCUCAAGGUCCUCGACCUGACGCGCGUCAUCGCCGCGCCGGCCAUUACGCGCGGCCUCGCUGAGCUGGGCGCGAGCGUGCUGCGCAUCACCGCGCCCCAUCUCACGGACAUGAGCAUUCUGCACGCGGACCUGAACUGGGGGAAAUGGAACGCGCAUCUCGAUUUCCGGGCCGAGGCCGACCGCGCAACGAUGCGCGAGCUGGUGCGCGAUGCGGAUGUUGUCGUCACAGCGUAUCGGCCGGGGGUGCUGGACAAGUAUGGAUUCAGCCCCGAGGCGCUUGUGGACCUGGUCAAGGACCGCGAGAGGGGCAUCGUGGUGGUGCGGGAGAACUGCUACGGCUGGAAUGGGCCGUGGCAGGGCCGCUCGGGGUGGCAGCAGAUCAGCGAUGCGUGCUGUGGGGUGAGCACCGAGUUUGGGCGGGCGAUGGGGCACGACGAGCCCGUUACACCCGUGUUCCCGAACAGCGAUUUCUGCACGGGGACGAGCGGGGUGGUCGGUGUGCUGAACGCGCUGCUGCGCCGCGGCGCCGAGGGUGGCAGCUGGAGGGUCGAUGUCGCACUGAAUUACUACUCCCAGUGGCUCGUCAACAGCGUCGGUGUCUACCCGCAGGCUGUCUGGGAAGACGUCUGGCAGCGCAACGGCAAGCAGGUCUUCAGGCACUACCACAACAUGGUGUACUUGCUGCCGCGGUUCCUGCAGAUGCUGAAAGUGAACGCAGGCGACGUCGUCCUGCGGCCCGAGUUCUUCGAGACGCGGUACUCGGGCGCGAUUGGCAAGGACGUGUCGUGUCCGAAGCCCAUCAUCCAGUUCCCGGGCGGAAAGGUCGAGUUGAAGUUCAACGUCGGCACGAGGGGGAAUGGAGUCGACCAGCCGAAGUGGCCGGCGGAUCUCAUGACGGAGAUUAUCGUGUAG